AUGGGAAAACGUAGAAAGAAGCCGUUGACGGCAAAUCCAGGAUCAAAGCCUAUUCAAACAGCUCGACCUAGUAAAAAGACAAAAACAGAAUUAACUCCGGCCAAUCCUUCAUCUUCACAGAAAAAACGCAAGCAUGGAAAGGACUCAAAUCCAAAGCCCGAUAAGCACAGUCGUCCAAACUCAUCAACAGAUGAACAAGAAUUCGUUGAGAUUGACAACAUGGAUUGGUCUGAGGUUGUUUGUCCUGAUUCGGUAUUUCUCGGUGAUGACCUUGGUGGAUUUUUAUGUCUUGAAGAAAUCGAUGGGGUUGAUGUCGAAUAUAAAGGAGAUGAUAAAGUGGGAAAAAUUGUAAAAUUCAAAAAAGUGAAGGGCUGGAAACAAAAUUCUAAUAAAAGAGGCUCUGCAAAGCCCGAGGAACCCUUAUCGAUCGAAGAAACACAGAAAUACUAUGAUCUUGAUGAGUUUAAUGAGGAGUUGGUUGCGAAAUUGGAGGACGCAGGAGAGCAGGAUGACGCAACGACUAGCGAUGAGGCCCCCCCAAAAAAUCUGGAUAAUCAAAAGGACGGGCUUGUGAACGAAAAUGGAUCCGAAGACGUCGAUGACGAUGACGAGCGGGCGGCCGUCGGUGAUUCUGACACGGACGAAAAAAUGAAGAUAUCAGAAAAUUCUCCUUGGUCGGCUUUUAACCUCUUCCCUGCGGUAUUGGAAGCUUUAGAGUCUUUAACCUUUACCAAGCCAACUCCCAUUCAAGAGAAAGCACUGCCUUUUGGGUUAUCCGGACGCGAUGUCAUAGGCACAGCCGAAACAGGGUCUGGGAAGACUUUAGCUUUCGGCAUUCCCAUCUUACAGCAUUUACUAGCGAUGAAUGAAAAGGAACGGGAAUGUGAGUUGGCGGGCUUGAUUCUGACGCCUACGAGAGAAUUGACAAUUCAAGUUAAAGAUCAUCUCAAGGAUAUUGGCAAGCAUGCGCGUCUGAAGAUAAUGACAAUAGUAGGGGGCAUGUCAGUUCAGAAGCAAAAUCGCUUGCUAUCACAAAAACCUAAUAUAAUAGUUGCCACACCGGGACGCUUAUGGGAUAUAAUUUCUGCCGAUUCCACCUUUCUCAACCGUCUUCGAUCGAUUCGGUUUCUCGUUCUGGAUGAAGCAGAUCGCAUGUUGGAAAAGAAUCAUUUCAACGAACUUUCACAAAUACUGACGGUUCUUUCUCGCAAGCGCGUACAUACAGAUGAAUGGGGAGCAGAAGCAAAAGUCACCAACAUUGAUUUACCUCCAAGACAGACAUUUGUGUUUUCUGCUACAUUAGAUGCGAAGUUUCAAGAUGAACAACCAGCAUUUGUGGAUGUGACUUCCGAUGAUGUAGUUCCGGAGUCUCUUGAGGAAUCAAAGGUUGAUUGUACUGUCAAUGAUAAGGACGUCUAUGUGUACUAUUUCGUUCUUCGAUACCCAGGCCGUACAUUAAUAUUUGUUAAUAGUAUUGAUGCUAUUCGUCGGUUGGUUCCUGUGAUGAGACUUUUGAGUGUUGAAGUGCUUGGACUACACGCUCAGAUGCAACAGAAACAACGCUUAAAAAAUCUGGACCGAUUUAAGGCUAACGACAAAGCAGUGAUGGUAGCUAGCGACGUUGCAGCCAGAGGGCUGGAUAUUCCUAUGGUAGAACACGUGAUUCAUUACCAAUUACCUCGCUCGGGAGAUAUAUACGUCCAUAGAAGUGGGAGAACUGCGAGAGCACGUAAAUCAGGAAUAAGUUUAAUGCUCUGCAGUCCUGAAGAACAAAGCUUAUAUAAAAAGAUAUGCUACAAGCUCAAGAAAGCUGGUGGGCUACCCGAUUUCCCUGUGGAACAUGAUAUUGUAAAGAAGCUCAAGCAACGCAUAAAUCUAGCGAAACAGAUUGACGCCGAGGAGCAUCGUCUGCAAAAGGUUGGUCAUGAUGAUGACUGGUAUAAACGAGCGGCCAAAGAACUUGAAAUUGAUAUUGAUGAGGAUUUACUAAAAAAUGCGGAUAGUUCCGAAACGAAAGAGAAGAAACAACGUAUCAAGUCGCUUAAAACGCAAUUAAAAUCACUGUUGUCGCAGCCAGUAAUUCCAAGAGGUAUAUCAACAAAAUACAUCACAAGUGGCGUCGUGAGGGAUUUGGCUGAUCGGUUGUUAGAUGAGAAGACGCCCAAACACUUCCGAGAAUGUCGGUGGAAAUCGUCCUUAGCAGCAACAUAUAAUUGGGAAGACCCAUUAUUGUUGGAGAAGCAGCUGACAGACGAAGAAUUAGCUGUUCGUGAAACUGCUCAUGCAUACAGUCAGGGUAAACUCUUUCCGAGGAUAUUAAAAGCCUACCGUCAUGAACACUAUGACCGUGACGUGCUACAUGAAAUGGGAGCAUUGGGUCUGCUCGGUUCAACAAUAAAAGGAUAUGGAUGUGCUGGGGUAUCGUCGGUCGCAUACGGUCUCAUUGCACGCGAAAUUGAAAGGAUCGACAGCGGCUAUAGGUCUGUUAUGAGCGUUCAGUCUUCGUUGGUUAUGCAUCCGAUUUAUGAGUUUGGAUCACAAGAGCAGAAGGAUAAAUAUUUAACCAAACUAGCUAAAGGUGAAAUAGUGGGCGCGUUUGGAUUAACCGAACCCAACCAUGGCUCAGAUCCAUCUAGUAUGGAAACCUACGCUCACAAGAUAGGCCAUACUUACAUUCUCAACGGGACAAAGACGUGGAUCACGAAUUCUCCUAUUGCCGACAUCUUGAUUGUCUGGGCAAAAUGCAAAGAGGAUAACAAAAUACGUGGAUUUAUACUCGAAAAAGGGAUGAAAGGUCUAUUUACACCCACGAUUGAGGGUAAGUUAUCCCUUCGAGCAUCUAUCACCGGAAUGAUAAUGAUGGAUGGUGUUGAAGUUCCCGAGGAAAAUGUACUUCCUCAUAUCGAGGGCCUUAAGGGCCCAUUCACUUGCCUGAACAAUGCAAGAUAUGGAAUUGCAUGGGGAGUUCUUGGCGCUGCGGAAUUCUGUCUUGCCCAAGCGCGUCAAUAUGCACUUGAUCGUCGUCAAUUUGGAGUACCGUUGGCCAGGUUUCAGUUAAUUCAGAAGAAGUUCGCUGAUGCAAACACUGAAAUCGCACUUGGUCUGCAAGGAUGUCUUCGUGUCGGUAGAUUGAAGGACGAGGGCAAAAUAGCACCCGAGUUGAUAUCCAUGAUAAAACGUAAUUCGUGUGGAAAAGCGCUUGAAAUUGCACGAUCGAUGCGAGAAGUUUUAGGCGGAAAUGGUAUCAGCGACGAGUAUCAUAUAAUCAGACACGAGCAGAAUUUGGUUAGCACUAAUACCUAUGAAGGAACACAUGAUAUUCAUUCUUUAAUUCUUGGAAAAGCAAUAACAGGUCAUCAGGCAUUUACAGCAUCGUAA